CACACGUUCUCGGACACUUGCCGGUUUCACUUCGCUCGUGUUUUAAAUUUCAGUGUUGAAAUUGAACUUGUGUUUUGUGAUUUUAGUGCGGAACUUUUCUGGAGUAUCAUCAAAUGAAUUAAAACAAUUAAAGAAAUCUUUCAAAAUGUUAAAAUGGACCGUAAUUAAUAAACGAGCGACCGAUAAAGACGAUCUUCAAUCGCCACAACAACCAAAAUCAUCGGAAAAACCUAAAAGACGACGUUCGAGUACUUCUAGAAGAUCAUCAACGACGAAACGAUCGAAUAAUAAUCAUAACAGAAGGAGUUUAAAUUUGAGCCAUGAUAAAGAAAAUCGGUUUACUUCGACACCGAUUAAAUCGAAUGAUUAUUUUCAAGUUGAAGCUUUAAGAGAUGUUAGUAAUAUAACGCCGAAAGAAACGAAAACGAAAGUUUUAAGUGUUGAUGGGGAAAAAUUGUUUUCGCCGAAACAUGUAAAAUAUAAAAAGAAAAAACGGUGUUUAGAUCCAAAUCAUAAAGAUUGCCCGAUUAAUUAUUUUAAAGCUUUCGAAUCAGUUGAUUCGCAUAUUAGAGGGGAUAAUUGUUUAUGUAACGAUGAUUUGAAUAAAAAUGUGCACGAAAAUAUCAAGAAUGAUGUUGUUAAUAGAAUUCCGUUGUUAUCGAGAAUUUUGCCAACAACAAAUAACGAUGAUCCUCCAUAUAAAAAACCGAAAAUUGAUCACGUUAAUGAUUUUUUAAAUCAAAUAGCUUUUAUUCAAUCGCCUGAAGAUAAAGGUACGAUAGAUAUUGAUGAAAAAGAUUUAAAAGUUUCACCUUUAGUACAAAGAUUUUUAGAUUUACGAUUUUCGAAAAAAGAUCAACACGAAAACUCAUCAUACAUAAAUGAGCUGUCUUUAGAUGAACUUGUAAAUGUUAUAUUAGAUAAUUCUGGGACGAAUGAUGAUAAAAAACAUCCGGUUAAAAAAACUAGAAUGAUCGAGCUUGAAAAUGAACUUAACGAAUCUCGCGAAGAAAACUUAUUAAACGCUAAACAAGAAAAACGUAUUAGUUUUUCCGAUAAAAGUUCGAUGGAUUCUGGAUUUCGAUCGAACUUUGAUGAAAUCUGUAAAUUACCUGAGAUAAUUAACUGUGAUAAAACCAUCAUUAACCUCGAGGAAACUUUUAAUGAGAGAUGUGUUGAUGAUAUUAGACCUAGAAGUAGAAAGAGGAGUUUAUCUCAAGAUGAUGCUAGCUUAUUUACAUUAAAAAGGCAAAAAUGUGUUAGAAGAAGAAGGUUUACUGAUGACGAAGCAAAACCAAGUUCCGGUUGGACACCGCAAAGAUUACAUCAAGAUUUAAACGCAACUUUUUCAAUUAACGAUGAUGUUAACGAUGAUAAUUCGUUUGAUUCGAGUGUUAUGGAGAAAGAUUUAGGAAAUAAAAAGGAUUUAAUCGAAACGACUCCUUGUUUUAAUAAUGGCACGGGAAUUAGGAGGUGUUUACUCUUCGAUUCACCACCUAACCAAAAAAAUAACUCAAUUUCCGGUUGGAUGGAUUUAGAAAUUAAAUUUCGAAACAACGAAUUAUUAUUAACAGUUUUCCGGUGUGGUAAUUUAUUCAGAUCGGAUGGAAAACCGGCGAACGCUUAUAUCAAGGUCUCCUUGAGCCAACGCGAUAAUCGAAAAGGACGAGGAACUUUACAGAGGACCGCCGUCCAAGCCGAAUCCAACAAGCCGACCUUCAACCACACCUUCAAUUUAGCCGUUCUUCGGGACGAAGACGUUUACGAAAGGGUUUAUAUUGAAGUUUGGCAUCGAGAUAGAAUACGAAGAAAAAGCGAAUUCUUGGGAUGUAUGUCUUUUGCGGCCGAAAAUGUCAUUACAAAGGAUGUUAAAGGCUGCUUUUACCUACUUCCACAAUCCACCGGAAGAUGUAAAAAUGUUCCGAUGACCCUGGACAUUCUACCGGAUUACAAUCCUCAUCUUGAUAAAACGAUGUGUGAUAGUCAUUCAAGUAUCGAUGAAGUUGCCACGGCAGUCUUCACAACCGGUGAAGACCUCGAAGACCUUCGAAAAACAACAAUUGGAUGUAAAGCCGCCUUGAGCGAACAACAAAAGCUUGCGGAUGAGAAUCUUUUUCUCAGGUACUUGGAGUUGGAUCCAACGGAAGGUCCUGAGGCGAUACCAGCCGCUCUUCAACGUAAAGCGACCGGGAAUAAGAACGGUCGCACUCCUUUCACAACCACCAAAAAGUUGAUGCGACAACCCAAGACCGGUUUUGGAUUCUCGGUGGUCUGGACGCAUCCUCCGAGAAUUGAAAGGGUCGAAAAGGGGCUCCCCGCGGAUAAGGCGGGAAUCUUGCCUGGAGAUUACGUCAUUUUUGUCGAUAAACAUAAUGUGGUUAUGAUGCCCGAGAUUGAUAUUCUUAAUUUAAUCAGGUCAUAUGGUAAUCAAUUAACAUUAGAAAUAUUCAGAAGAAACUCUUCAAGGAAUGGUUCAGUGCCUAGCGUAAAACCACUGAUGAGUUUCGAAAAUAUCGGUGGAGGUUUACCAGCUCCAUCUUUAUCGACCCAAAGAAGACCUUCAACGGUUUGUUCGACGACUAAUACAGCAUCGGUCGAUUACAGCAGAAAAAAACUCCAAUUACCUCAAAUCACGUUUAAUUCGGAGAAAUUAACCAGUAACAUUGACGACUCGAGAAAAAAAUCGAUCCUUCAGUUAAUAAGCAAAGAACAACAGUACGCCACUGGUCUUCAAUUUGCAAUUACAAGAUUCGUUUCGGCAUUGGCAGAAAGGAAAGAUCUCGUGACGCAACGAGAACAUAAAGUGCUUUUUCAAAAUUGUGAUGAGCUUCUUCAUAUAACGGAAGAAAUCUUGGAACAUUUAGUACAAGAGGAUGGCGAUUCUCAAGUUCACAUCCUACCAAAAAUUUACUUUGCAAAAUUAAGUGAAAUGACCUCGGCGUACAAAAAAUACUGUUCUGGGAUAAAAAAAUCCGAUUGCGUUUUGGCAAAUAAAUUAAAAAAUUCAAAUUCAGAAUUUGUAAGAUUUAUACAAGUUCCUGCGAUUCCUAGAAGAAGACCGGAUAUAACGGCGUUCAUCCAUAAGCCUUUAGAACAUUUUAGAGAUGUUCUUAAGUCGUUUAAUGUUAUCCUAAGCCAAACUAAACCCAAUCAUGAAGAUUAUGCUGUGAUAUCACAAAUCGUGCACGAUUUACAAAUAACAUAUAGAGAAAUUACAAGUGAAGGUGGGAUGAUGGAACCAAUAGGAGAAGGUCGACCUUUAUUAUCAGUACAAGAUCUUGAAAAUAGAUUAGUAUUUACUAAGUGCAAACCAUUCGUUUUAAGUAAACCAGGUAGACAAUGGAUAUUUGGUGGUGAUCUUAGUAGAGUUGAAGGUCGCAAUGUUAGACAAUACUGGGCGUUGUUGUUUACCGAUAUUUUGCUUUUUGCGAAAGUUUCAAGAGAUAGGGUGUUGUUUAUUUUUGAAGAUCCACUUCCUUUGUCGCAUAUAACAGAUUUAACUUUUAAUGUUAGAAAAAAAGUUAACGAAUUUCGGAUAACGGUAGAACCUGGUGGAAAAACAGCUAGCAGCCCAACUGUUCAUUGCGGUCCAGAUUUAAGUAGAACACCUAGAAAGAACCCAAACAAAAAGUGUAUCCUUCUCCGAGCACCAACGACGGAAUUAAAAGCUGUUUGGCAAAACCUUCUUCAACGGCAGAUCUUCCACGUUAGCGCGGUUAUGGACGGCAGCGCCUUUAGCAGCCCGUUAGAAUCACCAGACGUCCCAAUCACUUCUUCGGUGGUCACGCUACAAUCCGCCGAUUCGCUGUCCAUACGUCGGCAGAAUAUACGACUCGUAAAGGAGAAAAGUGACUCUCAAAAGCACAUAGACGAACUUAUAGAGCACAAAUGCAAACAACUGGGCAAAUCUGCCACCGGUCAUAAAGGAAGUGCCAUUCACCUCGAGCAAUGGAUGAAAGGUCACCUGGGUACCACGACGACACAAUCGGCGCAAUCCCCCGAAGAAGAAAACGGUGAUUUUGAAGUUUGGACCGAGGAGAUGCUUAGGAAACGAUCCGCAGAACUCCAAAUCGUUCUUAAUCAGAAGAAUACCAUGUUUCGAUGUGAAUCCGCGCUCGAAGAAAUCAAUAUUUCGGAAUCCGAUGAUCAUAGUCCGUCCAAAAGCACCACCUCUGAAAGUCAAGUUACGGUUCGGUCAAGUCCUGUAGUUCCAGAAACUCUAUCAGUUUGCAGACAGUGUCACAGAACUUGCUUGACCAAUCAAAAUGGAACUUCAAUUUUUUUCCCUAAUAAUAAUCAAGACGUAUUCGGAGAAAAGAUAAUGACUCAAUCAAACGAUGAUUUAGGAGGUGGAUGGAGACCAUUAGUUUUAAUGGGAUUGACAGCGAUGAAUCCAGCAAGAAGUUUAAUAACGCCAGAUCCCUUCGCAGCUCCAGUUCCGAAAAUAUCAAUUGUGCCUCCGACUCCUGAUCUAACAAAAAAAGUUUGCGAAGACAACAAUUACGAUAAAACUAAUUGUAAUUGCACGGAAGGAACCAAUCAAACCAACAAUGAUAAUUCACCGGAUUCUCCUCAAACUGAAGACCAACCAUAUCACUCCUUAAAUAGUUCAAAUUUAACUCUGAGAAGAUAUGGAACAGUUUCGAGUUUAGAACGGGUUGGAUCCGAUGAAAUUAUUGAGGAGGAAGAAGAAGCCAACGAUAAUUCUAGUGAAGAAGAUGAUGAUGAGGUGUUUGAAGAAAACCAAGAAAAAGGAUUUUAUAACGAAGCCUUUAAUAAUUCAGGAAUUAGAGGAUGGACUGCAAGAGCCGGAUCUUUCGUAGCCGAAAAAAUGUCUUUUCUUGAAAGAUUAGGUGAAGAUUAUAAAGUUGGAAGUAGAUUUUUCGAACGAUAUUUAAGAUCUUCUGAAAUACAAGUAAACGGUGAAGAUGGGCAAGAAGAAGAAACAUCCGGGGCAACUUCCGGCGAAGAUGUUUGGGGUACUCCAACAAGUGGUGGUGAAUUAGAUGACCCCUUAAGUUCACCUUUGGAAGGGAGGCGUUCGCCUAAUGAUGGAUCAUUAUCAUCUAACGACGACAACACUGAGCUAAUGAUGGAUGAGCUUUUGAUGACUCCUCCGGUUACCAGCGCUGCAAUAAGAGGGUUAUUACCUAGAAGAACAUUAGAACCUUUAAUGGAAGAAGAAUAUUCUGAUACUUAUACUUCAUCAUCUUCUUCUUCUUCUUCAGAACGCGGUCAAACCGAUCCUUCGGGAUCACCAGAACAGUGUGGGCAGGACAACGGAACUGGAAGUGCUGCUGACAAAUGUUCGACUGCUGCAGAAAGAGACACGCCAAGCGUGGCCGCGACAGCUUCCGAUUUCGAAGAAUUAAAUGUUCAAAGGCGGGAGGCAGUGGUAGUGGCGGAGUCAAGUUCUUGCAGCUCGACUCCUUUACCAAGGAUCCAAAGAUCGGACAGUUACAGACACAUCAUCGAUCAGGAGGACGAGAAUCCGAACUUCUUUGCCCGACUGAAACCCACGGUGAAAUUCGUAAAUAUUGAACGAAUCCCAAGAUCAAAAGGCAUUAAGUUGUUGGAGUUUUUUAAUAUGAAACGAGAAAGAAAAAUUCACGAGUCUUUUACGGGGGCCCCGCCAAUGAUCAAUAUGUACAGCAGAGAAGAUUUCUUCGACGAAGUCGAGGAAUACGAUGCGAAACCAAUUUCAACAAAAAUUUUAAAAGAUAAACAAAUCGAUAGAAGAUUCUGGAAGCAGUUGAAUAAACGAAGAAACCAAAAGCCCCUACAAUUAUCGGCCUAAAAAAAUAUGUUAAAAAUCCUAGUCCAUUUCCGCUCAAAUGAUAAUGAUGUUUCAUUUACAAAUUUUAUUUAUUUACUAUUUCCAAUACGAAAAAGAAACGCCCUAGUAGUUUGUAAAUAUAAUCUUAUUAAGAUAUUAGAAAUACAUUUAAUUGAUUUUAGAAAAAAAAAACGCCUCUGCACUUUAAUUCAAUACUUGUGGCCUCGUUUGAAAAGUAAUAUUAGGACGUUUUUAAGGUAUGUAAUGAAUAGAGUCAAUUGAAAACUAAAAUCGAGGUUGAAUUUUUAAUAUUAAGAGUUUAUUUUAUUCAUUUUUAGUAUCCCUUUAACGUUUCGUUUUAAGAAUAAUGUUAGUGUUUAAAUGAUAAAUCAAAAAAGAAUCCUCGUUGCGUAAUAAAAUCAAGUUUUACUAAAAUGAUCCGUCACAGUCAAUUUGUGAUAAGACCUUUUUUGUAUACCGUUAAAGAUAAUGAAACUGUGAAAUCAAAAUCAAUAAAAUAAAAUCUUAAAUUAAAA